CAGUGGGUUUCGGCUAUGGAAUGGCUCAGCGGUAAGUACUUGACGAAGCUGGUGACUGUCCUUCUCCACAAUUUGCUUAAUCUUUGUGGUGACGAUGGCCUUAUUCGAGGAUGGAAAUGGAAGGAAUUUACAGAAUCAGAGAUUCCAGUUUCCACGCAAGUUUGUUUCUAUUGCCAUACUGUUAACGUCUUCUCAGAAUUAUCUUCUUUUAUUGACAUCUUCAGAGGUCCAUGGGGUGCUCUUUCUCCAAUCCCUGAAAACGAUGCUAUUGCUUUAGGCACUCAGGACGCAUCCAUAUUUUCUGCUGCUGGUGAUUCUUGUGCAUAUUGUUGGGACGUGGCAUAUAAAUUAUAUCCUGAUUGCUUUGUAACUAUCCAGGAGACAACCAAGAUUAAAACGGCUUUUAAGGGGCACUUGGAUUACUUGCACUGUAUAGUUCCCGCAACUCUUCCAACCAGGAAACUAUCUCAGAAACUAUCUCCUGGAUAUUGCUUACAAGAGGUUAUAACUGGUUCUGAAGAUGGAACAGCAAGAAUUUGGGAUUGCAAAAGUGGGAAGUGCAUCAGAGUAAUUGAUCAGGGGAAGGAUAAGAAUUUGAAAAGAUUCUGUACCUCUGUUAGAUGCAUUGCACUUGAUUCAAGUGACAGCUGGUUGGCUUGUAGCAGUGGUCAGAGCUUAUCAGUUUGGAAUCUGCACGCUUCUGAGUGUGUUUCGAGGACUUCUACUAGUGCAUAUUCGAUAACAACCAAGGGUAUUCUCUUGCUUCUCUCUCUGAAUACAUUUUCCUCGGAGUUUCCUGUUUCUGAAAGCUAUAUCAAUCUGGUCUGGUACUCUGGUUCCGUCCACUGUGACAGCAAUUGGAGGUUACGGCGGUCUUGUAGACGUGAUAUCCCAGGUUCGAAGCCACUACUGCACUUUCCGCUGCAGUCGAGCAUAAAGAGAGAAAGCGAGAAUGUCUACGAUGCGAGGAAAUGGGCUUGUGAGCCGAUCGAUGAUUCUAAAGGCCCAAUCCGAAUGGGCCGAGGUGUGGAAGCCCAGCCCGCAAGGAGUACGGAUCCGGGAAGGAAAAAGAGAGACGGACAAAAGCGACGGUAUAUAUACAAGAACCGGAGCAAACCCUUCGCCUUCUCUAACCCUUUUGGCUUCCGCGAAAAAGCAAAAUACAAGACUAUCCCCAGCCGCAGCACAGCGGCAGCCAACCAGCAGUUCUCUCUCUCUCGUUCUCGACUUAGCGUUCCUUCUCUAUUAACUCCGCUGCUUGUGAGAAGAACCGCUCAAAACCCUAGUUCUUCUUUCCUGAGACGAGACUGCUCCUCGUCAAAUCUCAGCAAUCGCAAACACACAGUUUCAGAUAUGGCAGGACUAGCACCAGAUGGUUCCAACAAUUUUGAUGCCAAGAGCUAUGAUCAAAAGAUGAGCGAAUUACUUUUGGCUGAUGGACAGGACUUCUUUGCUUCCUAUGAUGAGGUCCACGAAACUUUCGACUCUAUGGGCUUGCAGGAGAAUCUUCUUAGGGGCAUUUAUGCAUACGGUUUUGAAAAGCCAUCUGCUAUCCAGCAGAGGGGAAUCGUUCCCUUUUGCAAGGGGCUCGAUGUGAUUCAGCAAGCCCAAUCUGGAACUGGAAAGACUGCUACUUUUUGUUCUGGUAUCCUGCAACAACUUGAUUAUGCCCUGGUAGAAUGCCAGGCUCUUGUCUUGGCUCCAACUAGGGAGCUGGCCCAGCAGAUUGAGAAGGUUAUGCGUGCACUUGGUGAUUAUCUUGGUGUCAAGGUCCAUGCUUGUGUUGGUGGAACCAGUGUCCGUGAGGAUCAGCGCAUCCUUUCCAGUGGAGUCCAUGUAGUUGUUGGUACCCCUGGUCGUGUCUUUGACAUGCUUCGUCGACAAUCCCUUCGUGCUGAUUCCAUUAAGAUGUUUGUCUUGGAUGAAGCUGAUGAAAUGCUUUCCCGUGGAUUCAAGGACCAGAUCUAUGACAUUUUCCAGCUGUUGCCACCAAAGAUUCAAGUCGGUGUGUUCUCUGCAACAAUGCCACCAGAGGCUCUGGACAUCACCAGGAAGUUUAUGAACAAACCAGUUAGGAUCCUUGUGAAGCGUGAGGAGCUCACCUUGGAAGGUAUCAAGCAGUUCCAUGUCAAUGUGGAUAAGGAAGAGUGGAAGCUGGAGACACUCUGCGAUCUCUACGAGACCCUAGCCAUCACCCAGAGUGUCAUCUUCGUGAACACCAGGCGCAAGGUGGACUGGCUGACAGACAAGAUGAGGAGCAGAGACCACACUGUCUCUGCCACUCACGGUGACAUGGACCAGAAUACUAGGGACAUCAUCAUGAGGGAGUUCAGGUCUGGCUCAUCCCGUGUCCUCAUCACCACCGACCUCCUUGCCCGUGGUAUUGAUGUCCAGCAAGUCUCCCUGGUCAUCAACUACGACCUCCCAACCCAGCCUGAGAACUACCUCCACAGGAUUGGUCGUGGUGGUAGGUUCGGAAGGAAAGGUGUGGCUAUCAACUUUGUCACCAAGGAUGACGAGAGGAUGCUCUUUGACAUCCAGAAGUUCUACAAUGUGGUGAUCGAGGAGCUCCCAGCCAAUGUUGCGGAUCUUCUGUGAGGAAAGGCAUUUUGAUGUGUUGCUGCCUUCCUUUGCCUUGAAUGAAUGAGUGAAGAGAGAUUAUGAUGGAUGGGAGACUAUGUGAACCGGUGUCUUUGUACUCUCUUUUAUCUUCGUUUUUUUUAUGUUUUGAUGCUUUUCUUUUUUGGGUUGGGACUUGGUAGUAUUCACUAUGGAGAGUAGAAGGCUUGUUCUGUUGUGAAAUUGUUCCAAUUUUGAAUUUUAGCAGCUAGUAGUUGGGUUGCAUUGUGGAAUACUUUUAUUUAAUACAGAUGUCUGUAUUUUUCAUCCGUUGCUUCCUUCCUGGUGGGUUCUCAGCUUUUCGACGAUUGCUCCUAGUUUGAGGUUGCCUGUGAUGACGGGAACUCGGCAAGCUAGCAAUCAGCUUAGCAAUGAAGGAACUCCUUUUCUAUUCGUUCUUGUCAGUUUUCAGAUUGUUGUUGUCGAAAUCACAAUGCACUUUCUGAACCUUGUCAGUUUCCACUUGGAUCUGAAUAGCGUAGAAAUGUGCAAACUGACAUAAGUAGUUGUGG